AUGGUCGCGUGCCCCAUCUGCGGCAAGUCUGUCAAACAAGCAACCAUUAAUGACCACAUCGACUCGAACUGUACUGAAUACAUCGAGCAGGAAACCAGCGCAUCGACUCCGGGUGCCGGGAAAACCUUCAAGACACCGGCCACCAAACAGCGUGAUGCAUAUUCCUUCUUCUCAUCCAGUCAACCUCUCCCUUCUCCGAGCGAGUCCAAACCGACGGCGGUGAAGCGAUCGUUUGACUCCUUCUCCUCGACGCAGUCAAAAGAUGAGGACUCGCAAGCCAAUCGCCAGAAUGAAUGGUCGCAUCAGAAUGGUACGGCCGACGGCCAAGUACCACCAGUGAAGAAACCCAAACCAAAUGCAUUCGAAAAGGCAGCUCCUCUUGCUGAGCGCAUGCGCCCAAGGACCCUGGACGAUGUCUGCGGACAAGAUUUAGUAGGUCCGAAUGGGGUGCUGAGAGGCCUUAUCGAACAAGACCGUGUACCUAGCAUGGUGCUCUGGGGCGGUGCAGGGACAGGGAAGACAACGAUUGCGCGAGUCAUCGCGAAUAUGGUGGGCAGCCGUUUCGUCGAGAUCAACUCGACGAGUUCAGGCGUGGGAGAGUGCAAGAAGAUCUUCGCAGAAGCGAAAAGCGAACUGGCCCUGACCGGCCGAAAGACCAUCAUCUUCUGUGACGAGAUACACCGGUUCAGCAAGAGUCAGCAGGACGUCUUUCUGGGUCCUGUCGAGGCAGGGCACGUCACACUCAUAGGCGCCACGACGGAGAAUCCCAGUUUCAAGGUCCAGAAUGCUCUGCUCUCCCGGUGUCGCACAUUCACGCUACAGAAGCUUACAGACGAGAACAUCUGCUCGAUACUGAAUCGAGCGCUCGAAUCCCAGCGUGACAAUUACAACCCUUCAGAGCUGGUGGACGACGAGCUGAUCAAAUACCUCGCCGCCUUCGCUGACGGUGACGCUCGCACAGCCCUCAAUCUCCUCGAAUUGGCCAUGGACCUCUCUACGCGACCGAACAUGACCAUCGAAGCCCUGAAACAAUCCCUGACCAAGACGCUUGUCUACGACCGUGCAGGAGACCAGCACUAUGACACCAUCUCAGCGUUUCACAAAUCAGUACGCGGCUCGGACCCGGAUGCGGCGCUGUACUACCUCGCGCGCAUGCUGCAGAGUGGUGAAGAUCCGCUGUAUAUAGCGCGGCGGAUGAUCGUGGUUGCCUCGGAAGACGUUGGACUGGCUGACAAUAGCUUGCUCCCGCUCGCAACUGCUGCAUACAUGGCCUGUGAGAAGAUCGGUAUGCCGGAAUGCAGAAUUAACCUUGCGCACGUUACUAUCGCUCUAUGUUUCGCACCGAAAUCGACCAGGGCCUACAGGGGCCUUGCCAACGUCAUGCAUGCAUUGCAGGAACCGGGCGUGGCGGGUUUACCUGUUCCCAUUCACUUGAGGAAUGCGCCGACGAGACUAAUGAAGGAACUGGGCUACGGCACGGAGUACAAAUACAAUCCAGACUACGUGAACGGCAGGGUCAAGCAGGAGUAUGUGCCUGAGGCGAUGAAGGGUAGAAAAUUUCUUGAGGACAGGGACCUGGGCGACAAGGUGGAUCCAGACAUCGAAGACGAGAUCAAGCUUGAGAAUGGAGGUGCAGCCGUCAGAAGAGAGGCCGGCUGA